AAUCAACAGAAAUCGGGAUCCUCUAAUGGCACCUGAGAGCAAUACGUCAAUGGCACGAUUUCACCCUAACGCUUGCAUCUGUUCCCAAGUGCACUUCUCAUGAAACUGAUAUGUCCAUAACAAACCUGACUUCAGCUGAUGUCACGUCUUCAGGGGAUGGGCCACUGGCCCAGAUUCUUGUGUCCAAGACGAUGACCCCGGUCCGGUCAGACCAGUUCACGCCGACAACACUCAAAUUGCCGGUCCAAAGCUACAGAACAGAGGAGGUCACUACCACCGUAGCGACCUUUGACUUUAAUAACACUUCCGGUAUGCUGCACCACAUCAAUUACUCGCAAGAGUGGAGUAUCGGCAACACAACCAUGUACUUCACCCCCACGAUGGUGAACACUAGUAAAGAAGGGGACAUUAUCCCAGGCUUUGGGGGAUUCGGCUACCACCUCCCAAAAUACGGCGAACCGGUGAUGGUACUUAUAUGCAUCAUUCUCGGCGGCAUGAUUCUCGCCAUCAUUCUCGGGAAUAUAUUCGUCAUCACGGCCAUCGUGGUGGAAAAAUCGCUCCAGGGCGUGUCUAACUACUUAAUCCUGUCUCUGGCCACCACGGACCUUUUAGUGGCCGUCUUAGUGAUGCCCAUAAGCCUCAUCAACGAGAUAAGCAUCCACUGGUUCCUGGGCAACACCGUAUGCGACAUGUGGGUCUCCAUGGACGUACUGUGCUGCACCGCGUCCAUUCUCCACCUCGUGGCGAUCGCCUUCGACCGAUACUGGGCAGUGUCGAACAUCGAUUACGUCCGCAGCAGAAACGCCCGGCAGAUUCUCUUCAUGGUGGCCAUCGUGUGGAUGGUUUCGAUAUGCAUCUCCAUCCCUCCUCUCUUUGGCUGGAGGCACGAUUCGGACGGCCCCGAGCUCUCCGGACAGUGCCUCAUAUCACAAGAUCACGGCUAUACAAUUUUUUCCACGGUCGGGGCCUUCUACUGCCCGCUGGUUCUAAUGCUUAUAAUUAACUUCAAAAUCUACCGCGCUGCCCGCUACCGUAUAAGGAAGAAAAGAUUCGGCGGCCGGCCACCCAAGCAGGCGUCACUCCAUGUACCCCUUCCGGUGGUUAUUAUGGAAGCGUCGCAGCGAACGAACACGAGGCAUUCGUCCGGAAGUGACGUGAGCCAGGACGGCAUUAGCAUGUACAUGCCUUCGUGCACCAAUGCAAACGACAUCACGCGGGUUGAGAUGGAGUCCCCACUGGACGCCCAGGAGAACGGGCAAGCUCUCCUGGAGCAGGACUCCAGUUUGACCAGAAUGCUGACCAACACAUUGACAGUGCCGGCGUGUACGAUGAACGUGGGCCUGCCGCGACCCGGCAUGGCGUCCAACAACAACAUUAGCAAACGGUUGCGGCGGGGAGACAAAGAACGCUACCGGCGAGAGAAAAUGGAGAUGAGGAGGGAGCGGAAGGCGGCGCGCGUCUUGGGGAUCAUCACGGGGGCCUUCGUCGUUUGUUGGUUACCGUUCUUUAUUGUGGCCGUGGUGACGCCCAUGUGUGGUCACUACUGUAAUGUCCCCGAGUAUGUGGUGAGCCUGUGUCUUUGGCUCGGGUAUUUCAAUAGCCUCAUCAACCCGAUCAUCUACACCAUCUUUAAUCCCAGCUUUCGUAUCGCCUUCAACAAGAUAUUUCUCCGGAGGAUUAAAUCCGUCAACAGGCUGACGUAACCCACGUUUGUUUGCCCGCCACCAAACGACGCAGGAAGGGGGUUUGUGCCCGGAAUGACGUGUUUCUAUAAGAAUCCCAGUGCUUUGUUUUAAACUUUUAAACUGACGCUGUAUGUAAAGAAAACAAAACGAUUUUAUUUUGAGACUUCAUUUGUUGUUUAUGUAAAGCUGACGCUGCUUGUUCCUGAUGUAUGCAUGACGGCAUGGACAUAUUUUAUAUUUCUAGAUUUCUGUCCAGUGAAUGUUGCCCGUGCCAUCGCCCAUUCUCCACAUUAUAAAUGGC